AUGCAGCAAUUUUAUGAGUUAUUGUCGAGCAAGGCACGGCCGAAAUUGAGAUCGUCGACAUGCUCAUUGUCGCAGGAUGGGGAGCUUAGAAAGCAACUAGAAGCCAAGCUUCUUGCUGCUGAAAAGAAGAGGUUGAGCAUCCUUGCAAAAGUUCAGAAGCGCUUGGCAAGAUUAGAUGAGCUUAGACAAGCAGCUAAAAAUGCUGUGGAAAUGCGUUUUGAGAAAGAACGUGAUGAGCUGGGCAAUAAGGUUGAGUCACGAGCUCAGCGGGCAGAAUUGAACCGGAGGGUUCUUCUUAAAUGUAGGCAACGGAAGGCUGCAAAAAGGGAACGAAUUUCACAGUUGCUAACAAGGAGGGUAAUGCAAGAGAGCAAAUACAGGGAGUGUGUCCGGGCUGCUAUUCAUCGGAAGCGGGCUGCUGCUGAAAAGAAGCGACUGGGAUUUCUGGAAGCAGAGAGAUCAAAGGCACGUGCAAGAAUAUUACAAGUUAAGCAGAUAGCAAACUCUGUAUAUAGUCAACGGGAGAUUGAGAGGAUAAGACUAAAAGAUCAACUGGAGAAUCGUCUCCAAAAGGCAAAGAGGCUCAGAGCAGAGUAUUUAAAGCAGAGGCGAAGUCUGCUAAGUUCACGUCGUUCUUGUUCAGACAUAAUUGCGUGGGGGGAGUUUUUGUCUAUUAACGUAGCAAGGUGCUGGAGGCGGUUCAUCCAACUAAGACGAACAACUUUUUCAUUGGCUAAAGCAUAUAUAACCCUAGAUAUUAACAAAAAAUCUGUUGAAGGAAUGCCUUUUGAGCAACUUGCAGUGAAGAUGGGGUCAAGUGCGACCAUCCAAAAUGCAAAAACAUUACUCGAUCGACUAGAGUACCGCAUUAGUAUCAGACAUGAGCUUCUUGGUCCAAGAGAUGUACUUUGUUUCGAAAAUAUUAAUCAUCUUCUUGAGCGUGCCGCUUCCUCAGUCCCAGCUAGGGGGGAAGUGACAGCUCCAGUCAAGUUAUCAAGGUACCCAGUCAGAGUAGUUCUCUGUGCAUAUAUGAUUCUAGGACAUCCAGGUUCAGUUUUCACUGCAAAGGGGCAGUCUGAAUUUGCUCUUGCUGAAUCUGCUGGAACCUUUGUUAAAGAGUUCGAAUUGCUGCUUAAAAUUAUUGUAGGAGGUCCCAUUAUAUCUACAGAAGAGGAGAGCCCAGUGAGGCUGGCUUUCAGUUCUCAGCUCAAAGCUUUUGAUAAAGCAUGGUGCUCUUAUCUGUUUCACUUUGUGAUGUGGAAAGUUAAGGAUGCCAAGUUGCUAGAAGAGGAUUUGAUAAGUACUGCUUGUCAACUGGAGCUCUCUCUGAUGCAGACUUGCAAGCAGGUUAUGGGAGAUUACGAUGAUCUGACAGCCGAAUUCAGUUCUUUCCAGAGGCAGGUGAUUGAAAAUCAGAAACUUAUUUGGGCAAAGGUCAAGCAGCUGAGUGGUAAUGCUGGACUUGAACGUCUGGAACAUGCUCUUUCUGAGCUGCGGUCUAGGUUUAUUGACUCCAUGGAGACUGGUUCUCCGAGUUCAGCUGGUUCAUCUGAUAACUCUGAAAUCAAGAAUUCGGAGGAGUUCAAUGAAAAUGAAAGGUGUUGUGGUACACAGGGUAUUGCUUGGUCCGUGUCUGUGGAAGAUGAUUCAUACUUGUGCGAUAAACGUGGCUCUGGAACUCCUCAAAAAAGCAUAUCUACUGGUUUAUUACGUGCGACUGAGAAUGAAGUGCUUUUGAAUGAAAUUAUUCACAAGGGUUGUGGCUUGGAGAUCGUUAGUGAAGAAAAAGAGAGUGCUAAGGCUAGAGUGAAAGAGAGAAUGGAAGAGGCUUUCUGGGAUGGUGUUAUGCAAUCCUUGAAUCAGGAUAACCCUGAUUUCAGUUGGGUUCUCAAACUUAUGAAGGAAGUACAAAAUGAACUGUGUGAGAUGUCUCCUCCAAGUUGGAGACAGGAGAUAGUCGAAACCGUUGAUAUUAAUAUCCUAUCACAGGUUCUAAACUCAGGGACAUUGGACAUGGAUUAUUUUGGAAGGAUUUUGGAAUUUGCUUUGGUUACUUUGAGGAAACUCUCAGUACCUUUGGUUGAAGAUGAAUUGAAUACUAAUCACCAGAAAUUCCUGAAAGAACUAGGGGAAAAUACUCAGGACAGAGAAAACAGCACUGCAUUGUUUGCUUCUUUGGUUAUCAAGGGUUUGCAAUUUGUUCUAAGGCAGAUUAAGAAACUCAAAGGUGAAAUAAGCAACGCACGCAUCAAAUUGUUGGAACCAUUAAUCAAGGGACCUGCUGGUUUUGAAUACCUUAGAAGUUCUUUUUCCAACCGCUAUGGUCCUCCUACUGAGGCUCCAAUCUCUCUACCAUUAGUGAAGCAAUGGCUAUCUUCUGUCAUGUUAGUGGCUGGGCAAGAGUGGGAUGACCACCUGAAUUCAUUAUCAUCUCUGAGGUUGAGCAGUGGGGCACAUUCCUUGGAGAAAGCUCCAAUCACACUUAGAGCUGGAGGUAGCUCUCUAAGGAUAUCAGAUCCUCCAACCCUGAAGACUAAUGAAGCCGAACAACCAGAAUGCAAGGGAGAGAAGGUUGAUCUGCUUUUAAGGCUCGGUUUGUUGCAACUUGUCUGUGAAAUUGAGGGGUUGACAGUGGAAACACUACCGGAGACUUUGAAAUUGAACUUCUCCAGAUUGAGAGCUGUCCAGGCUUUCCUCCAGAAAAUCAUUGUAAUCUGUACUAGCAUAUUGGUUUUGCGGCAGACUCUUCUUGCUGAAUGCCUGGUUACCAACCCCUCAGAGAUAGAAGAUAUAUCAUCAAAAUCUAUUACAAAGCUGUUUAAGCUUCUGGAUAACAUGGAGGAUGCUGGUAUUACUGAAGUUGUUAAUACACUUAGCCUUUGCCUAGAAGGUGAUGAGCCAAAGAAGCUUCAAGCAAGGAAGGAGAUCAUGGCGAACGUGUUGGCAAAGAGCUUGCGAGCAGGGGAUGCCAUUUUCACUCGAGUUUCGCGCACUGUUUUUUUGGCAGCAAAAGCAAUUUUACUUUGCGGAAGUGGAGCUGAGGGUAGGCGAUUGGCGGAGAACAGCCUGAAACGUGUCGGUGCCAGUCUACUCACUGGAAAACUGGUUGAGGCUAUGGAAGAUCUGUUGGUAGUGGCAACUGUUUCAGCCAGAGUUCAUGGUUCAUGGUAUCUAGAGGUGCUUAAAAAUAUGAGAGCUUUGUAGCAUACACUUGUUCAAGAAAUUGUCAGCUUGCGUUCAUACGUGUUUGUAUAGGACGGGAAAGUUGAUGUUACUGUAUGCAAUAUAAUGUAUUAUGAAAGAAGUGUUGUUUCUAAAUAUAAAAUAAAAAUCGUAAGUUUUUAGAAAAAA